CCUCGCAGUAAUCUGUACUCGAUCUAUAAAUUCUGUAAUUCUUCAAUUGUGUUAGUAGGAGGCCCUGGGGUUAUUUGCGGGCAUUGGUAGUCGGCUGCUAUGCUCGUCCGGAGCGCCCCAAGAUGCGCCACCAAGCUCAGGCUCCCAACAUCUCGCGCCAGUCUUCGAUAUGCGAGACCACAAUGCCGACCCUAUUCGAUGCCGGCUCAGGGCGCGCCAUCUAGCUCGCUGAGUAGCGCCGGCAUGCUUGCGCCCUUUUUUGGUGAGCUGGACAAGAUUGCGCCGUCGUUCAAGGUCAACGGGUCACAGAUAAAUAUCCUUCGCACCCCCGCGGAGUUCUACGAGACCCUCAAGGACAAGAUACGACAUGCAGAGAAGCGGAUCUUCUUGUCGACCUUGUACAUAGGAAAGACCGAGAAGGAGUUGAUAUCUACCCUACAAGAUGCGCUACGUCGCAAGCCGGAACUCAGGCUCAGCAUCCUCACAGAUGCGCUGCGCGGCACCCGAGAAGCCCCUGAGCCGUCAUGCGCGUCGCUGCUGGCUCCAUUGGUCGCCGAGUUUGGCCCCGACCGCGUCGAGAUUCGAAUGUACCAUACGCCUAACCUGACGGGGCUGAGGAAGAAACACGUACCCAAGAGGAUAAACGAGGGAUGGGGGUUGCAGCACAUGAAGCUCUACGGCAUUGAUGACGAAAUAAUACUCUCUGGGGCAAACCUCUCGACCGAUUAUUUCACGAACAGGCAGGAUCGGUACCAUGUCUUUUCUUCCAAGGACAUCACGGACUACUUUGCGAGACUCCACGGCGCGGUAUCUUCACUAAGCUUCCUCGUCAGGCCGUCGGACGAUCCUUGUGGGUUCGACAUGUUGUGGCCAGGAACCAAUGCGGCGCCAUCACCCCUGGAGAGCCCCAAGAAGUUUGUGUCGAAGUCGACAACUCUCCUCAGGAAGAUUCUGUCCACAAACCAUGCAUCAAGUGCUCCUCCUGUAACAGACAAAUCAGACGCGCCGGACACAUCGGUGUACAUGCUUGCUCAGCUCUCGCAACUGCUGUCUCCAGACACCUCGACAGAGUUGCCCGCCAUUACACACGUCCUCAAGACCCUCUCCUUACCCCAAUACGCCGACUCGUCCUGGAUAUUCACCGCGGGCUACUUCAACCCAGACCCGUCUCUUACCAAACUCCUUUUGUCAACAGCUUCGCAUAAUAAUACCGUCAUCACAGCUUCGCCAUUUGCCAAUGGCUUCUACAAGUCGCCGGGCGUCUCUGGCCUCCUACCGGAUGCAUACACUCUUCUGGCCCGACGCUUCGUGCAGGCAGUGCAUAGGAGUAAGCAUCAGACGUCCACAGUUCUCAAGGAAUGGCGGAAGGGGACAGUGGGUGAGCCCGGAGGCUGGACGUAUCACGCUAAGGGACUCUGGGUAACGCUACCAGGAGCUUCAAACCCAGCCAUCAGUCUCGUUGGGAGCUCGAACUACACCAAGCGAAGCUAUUCGCUCGACCUCGAGGCGAACGCGUUGAUAGUGACGGAGAACGAGGGAUUGAAGAAGCGUCUGGGUGACGAGCAGUGCUGGCUGCAGGACCACGCCACGGCUGUUACUCGUGACGACUUCGCCAGGACCGAGAGAAGGGUCGGACUGAAGCUCUCCAUCACCGCACUCUGUGCUGCCCUCCUCCAGGGGGCUUCUGCCACCAUCUACUAUGCUGGUGUAGCCGAGUCCAGUGGCGAGUUUGGUGCCUAUGGAGUGAAAGGAACGGGCCUGCCAGGCGCGUUCGGCAAGGACUACGCGUUCAUCGACGAGAAGGCCAUCGACGUAAUGGUUGACCAGCACAAAGCCAACCUAUUCCGCGUCGCCUUCUUGCUGGAGCGGAUGUGCCCCCUCGCCGAUGGAUUGGGCAGCAAGUUCAACGAGACGCACUUUGACAAGUUCAAGGAAGCCGUGGAUUACAUCUCGGUGACCAAGGGAGCUUACGUGAUCCUCGACCCGCACAACUACAUGCGAUACAACGACCCCUCGUCGCAGCCCAUGUCGGGCAGCGUGAUCGGGGAUACGUCCGACCCGACGGCGGCGACGACGGCGCAGUUCGGCGAGUUCUGGGGCGAGCUUGCGAAGCGGUUCGCGGACAACGAGAAGACCAUCUUCGGGCUGAUGAACGAGCCGCACGACAUGCCCAGCUCGCUCAUGAUGGCCAACAACCAGGCGGCCGUGGACGCGAUCCGCGCCGCGGGGGCCAAGAACUUGAUCAUCGCGCCCGGCAACAGCUGGACGGGCGGGCACGCGUGGACUGAGGGCGGCGCCGAGGCGAGCAGCAACUGGCUCCAGAAGCUGGUUGACCCGCUCAAGAACACCGCCAUCGACAUCCACGAGUACCUGGACGAAGACUUUAGCGGCGGGCACACGGCCUGCACACAGGACCCAGUCAAGAACCUACAGGCCCUGACCGCUUGGCUUAAGGAAAACAACCUCAAGGCCUUCAUCACUGAGUUUGGCGGCUCAAACACUACCGGUUGCCACGACAUGCUCAACACCAUGCUGACCUACAUGGAGGACAACCCGGAAUACCUCGGCUGGACUGCCUGGGCUGCCGGACCUUUCUGGGGAUCCGCAAGCCCGUGCUGCACCGACUCGAACAAGCUCGGCAGCUUCGAGCCCGGCAGCAAGGCCGAUGACGGCGGGCCAAGCCUGUACGACACCGUCUGGAUCCCGACCAUCGUGCCGCACAUUCCCAAGGAGCUUCAGUGGUCCGGCCUGGCGACCGUUAAUGGUGGGGAGGUUUCGGUUCGCGCUUAGGCUGGGACGUGAAAGGAGCGUGGACUGUUCGAUCGGGUUGUAGUCCCUAGAGUCAGAGGAUGGAGAAAACUGGUGUUGAGCUGCAUGGCAUGAUGCAUCGGUGUUGGUGGAGGCCGAAUCUAUCCGCAAAUGCCUGCGUGUCGAGGAGUAACAUCCAUGGUAGCCACUGUAUAACAGUCUACGAUGGGCAGUUGGGUAGUUAUUCGAACCACGGGGAGAACCACUGUUGUUUCUCUCCAAGCAAAAAUUAUGACUUCCGUAGAA